CUGCAUCAGAACCAUGUGUGACCAGCAGCAGAUUCAGUGUUGCCUGCCGCUCCCCCAGUGCUGUGUGAAGGGUUCCUCCUUCUACCCCUCCCAGUUCCCCAGUGCCAAGAGCCAGGCGGUGGUCCAAGCCCCUUGUGAGAUGCAAAUUGUGGAGUGUCCCACAUCAUGCCCAGUUCAAGUUUCCCAGGUAAAAUGCCAGGCUCCAUGCCAGUCCCAGACUAUGCAGGUGAAGUGCCAGGCUCCAUGCCAGUCUAAGACCACCCAGGUGAAGUGCCAGGCUCCAUGCCAAUCUCAAAUUUCCUGUGUUCAAUGCCAGGCUCCAUGUCAGCCUGAGGUGUCCUGUGUGCAAUGUGAAGCUCCAUGCCCUGUUCAGACCUGCUAUGUAGAAUGUACUCCAGUUUGUUAUACAGAAACUUAUGUGGAAUGCCCAGUCCAGACCUUUGUACCCCGUCCAGCUCCUCAGCCUGUCCAGACUUACCUGGCUUGUCCCCCAGUUUCCCAGACUCAGGGAAGAUUCUCAACCCCGUGCCAGUAUCAGGGCUCCCAUGGCAGAUACGUCCUGCAGCGUCAGUCCCCGGCUUCCUACAGCAACUGCGCCCCACAGUUCCAAUCCGGGACUUACUACAACAACUGCACCCCCCAGCGUCAGUCCCGGGCUUCAUUUAGAACUUGCGCACCCCAGUGCCAGGCCCGAGGCUCUUAUGGGAGCUUCCCCGCCCAGCGUCGCUCCCAGAGCACCAGCAGAUGCCUCCCUCCUCGCCAGCUGCAACCUUCUUACCGCAGCUGUUCCCCUCCACGACGGUCUGAGCCCUACUACAGCAGCUGGCUGCCAUCAGCAUGUUCUUCGAGUUCCUAUAACUACUGCACCCCACCACGCCGCUCUGAGCCCAUCUAUAGCAGUGGCUGUCCUCGGGGUCCCACUUCAGGCUGCUCUCAGAGAUGUGGUCCCAAGUGCCGGAUAGAGAUUUCCUCCCCCUGCUGCCCCAGGCAGGUCCCCCCGCAAAAGUGUCCAGUUCAGAUUCCCCCCAUCAGACGCUGCUCUGAGAGUUGUGCCCCACAACCCUCCUGGGGUGCCUCCUGCCCGGAGCUGAGGCCACGUGCAGAGUCACGUCCACUCCCAAGUUUCUGUCCACCACGGCGUCUGGACCAAAGUCCAGAGAGAUCACUCCAGCGAUGCCCACUUCCUGCCCCACGUUCAUGUCCACAUCCUGCUCCACGGCCAUAUCCACGUCCAGAACCACGUGCAAGAUCAGAGCCCCGCCCAUGUCCUCCACCGCGGCAACGUUCCGAACCCUGUCUGUGUCCAGAACCAUGUCCAGACCCAUGCGCAGCCCCACAUCCUAGACCAGUGCAGCGUGAAUUUCCCGAGUCACGUCCAUGUCCACAGCCCUGUGAGCUCCCAGAACCUUAUUUACUUCCAGAACCAAUUCCCCUUCCAGCACCCUGCCCGAGCCCAGAGCCCUGUGUGGAGCCUCGGUGGUGUCCCAGCCCAUGCUUGGGACCAAAUCCAAUCCCAUGCCGAGCAGACCGAGGCUGUCAUGAGUCUAGCCCAUGCCGCCUAGACAUUGAGGCCCCCAGCUGUGGCCCAGCUGGUUAUAACCAGUGGCAAGGAACUGGUGACAGCUUUGGACCUUGUGAUGGGAUUCCAGAGCCACAGGGUUUCAGUGAUUGUGGAGACCAAGGAGGCACCUGUAUUGGACUGAAACGAGGUUCUUCUGUUGGAACAAAGGGGGCUUAUUUUUAAGGAAGCAUGGUUGACACAUCCCUACCUCUUGCCCUGAAAAUGUCACGCCUCCUUUCCCAACAACCUCAAUUUCCAACACAUUCUAUGUGCAUCUCUCCAAAGACAGUCUCCCUGCUGCAGAGGUGAUGUCCAAACUCCAUCGCAUGUCAUCUCAGGAUCCACACCUGGGUUUCAGGCACCUCUCCACCCUCACAUCUGACUCCUCCCCUGUACACAUCCUCAGUUCUAGCCAAACCAGUCUGGCCACCAGGGCACAUAUGGGUGUGCUCCAGAACAUACCUUAGGUGUCCCUGCCUCCAAGCCUCUGCUCACUUCCCACCCUCCUUGCAUAGACCACUUCUGUGCUGUGUCCAGCCUCUGAAAUCGAACCCAUCUUUCAAGACUUUUUCCUUGGAGUCUUUUCUGUUUGUUCCUACCCACGGGAGCCUACAGUGACUUCCUAGAACCCAUUGCAUUGUCCAUACCAGCCAUUUGGCAACUCCCUUGCAAUGUCUCUUGAAUUAUCUCACUUUUAAGAUGUGUCUGUUUUUCCUGACCAAUAAGUUUGUAAACUCCCAUUUGAGUGGAGUGAGAAUAUCCCUAAAGUCCCAUGCUUCUCCUGGGGAAAACAGCUGCUCAGCAAAGCUUGUGGGUUGGCAGCUUGAGCCAUGAUCUAUCCUGAUAGGCAACCCCAGGAUCUGGGAGAGAAGGAGGCCAUGUAACA